AUGGAAAUCUCCGGGCAGGGAAAGCAGACAAGCUGCCACUGGGAAUCCAGUGAGAUUGAGUUUCGCGAGCUCUGCAUGGAGCUGUCUCCUCUGCUACGCGAAUCACGUCGGCAAAAUCACGUCGAUGCUGUCAAGUUUCGCGAUCUCUGCAGGGAGAUGUCUCUGCUGCGCGAAUCACUGUUGCAAUAUCGCGUCGAUGUCGAGUUUCGCAAUCUCUGCAAGGCGCUAUCUCCUCUUCUUCAGGAACUAUCAGCACCAGACGAUCCUGUCGAAAGGGUAAAGGACAAUUCCCCAUCCCGGCUAGAAUGGAUUCGUCUGAAGCGUACCGAAGGCGCUCGGAGUAAUUAUUUGGACAUACUUAUGCAGAUGGUGGGACUGGAAGAUGCCAAGGCACUGUUUCUUCGGAUGUGGGCCAUAGUACAGAUAGCGAAGAAGCAGAAAAAGGAGCUGUCGAAGAGCGACUUAACUAUAGCUAUCGUGGGUAAUCGCGGAAUAGGGCGAUCAAUCGUGGAAACCUUGUACGACAACUUUCUACAAGGGCUGGGCGUGCCUGGCUUCGCCUACUGCUAUACCAGGGGUGAGACCCACGAUCGCAAGAUCAGACUCGAUCUACCGGAUUACUCUGAUGAUGAGCUGCAGCGGAUCAUGGCAAGGAUAAUCGCUGGCACGCAGUGGAAGGUUGAGGGAGGGCCCAAUGGGAAAUAUAUGUGGAUGAUGGUACGUCUUGUGGGCAGUGCGCGCGGGCCAGGCUUUCACAAUGUGUUCGCCUUGAAGGAAGCGUGGAGUAGAGCCCUGGAUCGACAGGCGGAGCGCAUCCACCAGGAACAGCGCGAGGGGAGGCACCCGGACUGUCUGUUGCUCACCGGAGAGGAUCUAAUCGGCCCGAGUCCAGCCAAGGCCCAUCGCGAAAGCCCAGCAUGGACCAAGCUCCAGGCUAUGAUCGGGAUGGAGGCCGUCAAGUCCUCUGUACAGCUCCUGUUCGAUCGUACGACUUGGAACUAUCACCGCCUACAGCACGGCUAUGUACCGCUACAAUCCAGCCUGAAUCGCGUGUUCCUGGGGCCGCCGGGCACAGGAAAGACCACAGUUGCCAGGCUCUAUGGGCAACUCCUAGCCGAUCUCGGGCUGUUGUCGAGCGCAGAGGUUGUUGUCAAGAACCCGUCGGAUCUUAUUGCUCCCUACCUCGGGCAGUCCGAACACAGAACUAAGAAGAUCCUGCAGGAGACAAAGGGUAAGGUGUUAAUAAUCGAUGAUGCCUACAUGCUAUAUCCUGGAGCGAAGGCUGGCGCAAAUAGUCACUCGGACGAGUAUCGAAUUGCAGUGAUCGACACAUUGGUCGCCGAGCUGGAUAAUACCCCCGGCAAUGACCGGUGUGUGAUCCUUCUAGGUUACGAGGAAGAGAUGCAAGAAAUGUUCCGGAAGAGCAAUCCCGGGCUGGCCCGACGGUUUGCCCUAGCUGAUGCGUUUCGUUUCACAAACUACACCGUGGAGCAACUCGGCCAGAUUCUAGACCUGAAGUUGAACGAGCAAGGCUUACAGGCAACAGCCGAGGCCCGGAAAGUUGCGAUGCAGAUGCUAGAAAAGGCGUCCGAGCGACCCAACUUCGGAAAUGGCGGAGAUGUUGAGAAUCUCCUCAGCCACGCCAGAGACGCGUACGGGAAGCGUAUCGCAAUCACACCACUGUUGGAGAGCCCAGUAGAUGUCGUGCUCGAGCCGGAGGACUUUGAUCUGCAUCACCGCCGGCAUCUGCAGGCCGCAGCCGCGUGUGAAUCUCGUUUUCAGGACCUGGUCGGGGUGGAGGAGAUCAUCGUCCAGAUGCAAGAAUACCAGAAGGCGGUCGCUAGCAUGCGGCGGAGAGGCGUCAAUCCCCGUCCGUAUAUCCCAUUUACGUUUGUCUUUCAGGGCCCCCCAGGCACAGGCAAGACAUCCACAGCGCGGAAGGUGGGCCAGAUCUUCUAUGAUAUGGGCUUUCUGUCGUCAGCAGAGGUGAUCGAGUGCUCGGUUAGCGACCUGAUUGCGUCGUACCAGGGACAGACAGGGAAGCAGGUGAUGGACCUGUUGGAACAAGCGCUGGGGAAGGUGCUGUUCAUCGAUGAGGCAUAUCGGCUAGCGGACGGCGGAUACGAGAAGCAGGCGGUCGACGAGCUGGUGGAUGGGCUUACCAAGACGCGGUAUGCCCAGAAACUUGUCGUGGUGCUCGCGGGGUACAACCGCGAGAUGGUCGAGCUGAUGAAGGUAAACCGGGGGCUACGGAGCCGGUUUCCCACCGACGUUGUCUUCCACCCUCUGUCAGCGGCUGGCUGUUGGCGAGUACUUCAGAACGAGCUGACAUCCGUGAACAUCCGGAUUGUAGAAGAAAGGGGCGGCGCUACCAAGGUAACGGGGGUCUUCUCUAGACUAAGAAAGAUGGAGAGCUGGGCAAACGCACGCGAUGUGAAGCGACUGGCCGGUGUCUUGGUUCGACAGAUCUUCAGCAGGGCGGAGGAUGACAAAGACCCUCAUGUCACCACUGAGGAAAUAUACCAGCAACUGGAGCUGGAGGAAAGCAAGUUGAGGGUUGAGGAGACCGAGGCCGAUGCAGCCGCACUGCCAUGCGAGGAUACAGAGUGGCCUAAAGCCAUGCGCAAUCUGGUGUCCCGGUUGUACGAGGAUUAUAAACAAACCGGAGAGGUAUCGGCGUUGGAGGAUAUCGUGCAUGCUCAACAGAUUGUGGCUGCCACCUGA